GAUGAAGAUUGGAAGGCUUCCUAAAUAGGCACACGAAACGAAUCUCCAUUACAUCAAAAUCUCUUCCUUUUACUUUUUUUUUUUUUUUUUAAUGGUGGAAGUUGGAAGAGUGCCGUAACUCUGAUACUUUUGUCCUCUUGUUGAGUACUCUUUCAGGAGAAAACGCUUCCGCAUGCGCACGCACGCUUCUCCAAAGAAACUGCGUAACCCUUUCAUUAUUACUCGAAUCGGAGAUUCAGUGUUUGGAGAAACCCAAAUCAAGAUCGUUUCUUUUUUGAAGAUUCAGUUUUUUUGGCUCCCUGCUCCAACUGGGUUUCCUCCAAUUUCUCAUAAAGGGUCUUCUGUUCUACUAGAUUAUUGAAUUCCCAAUUCGUAUUUUUGUUUAAUUUUUUUAUUAUUAUUGGAAGAGAUUUUUUUUUUUUUUUUAUAACAUGGAUUUUGGUGGUGGGCAAGGGUCAUUGUCGAGAUAUACUUUUCUUUUUUCCUCGGUAAGAUCAUUCGUAGGUUGAGAAUUUGUUAUGUGACGAUGAUUUCUAUGCCUCGGUUGGCUCAGUCUACCAUUGUUUUUCUUGGGUUUGAAGGGAUUACUUGGUAGUAAGUAAAUAAUUUAGAAGUGUACUAUAGAUCACUGCAAAAUUCUUGGAGGGAUUAAAUUUCGUUAGUGGGUUUUGGAGAUCAGAGGUGUGUCUCUCGGUAGUUUUGCGGAAAAGUGUUGUUUUUUCCUGCAUAAUUGUUGGGUUGAUUUCGGGAUUAAAAGGAAUAGAAGGUGAGGAUCUAGAGAGGAUUUGGUGAUUUGUGUUGUUAGUAGUUGGGAGGUUGUUGUGGUGAAUGUUGUUUGUGUAAUCUGUUGCAUUGCAAUGUCUGGUGGAACACCGGUUGGUGUAGGUGGAUAUAUGAGGCAGAGACAUAGCCAGGGGUAUGCAAGCAGUGGUGAUGACCUUGAAGAUGAUGCAUGCUCGAGGCAGCGUUCUUUUCAGCUUCCAAAUCCUCCACGUAGGACAUGGGUUGAGAUGUUGGAAAAUUUUCUUUGGCUUGCUUCAGCAGCUUUCAUUCUAUACCUUGGUGAUCAGCAUUCCAAUUUUAUAUAUCUCUUGUGCUAUGACAACCGAAUCAGAAGACUGCCUUUAUAUCUUGGGAUGAUAGGUAUUGGUUUGAACGCAUUGUUUUUCAUUUAUACAAGUAUCUUGGCUUGGAGUGUUAGAAGGUUUGAUGAAAAAUGGGGAUUAAAAAAAUGGGAAAUAACAAGUAUCUCUGUGUUGCCAUUCGCUACAGUGUUUGGAAUCAUCUCUUUUUGCUUGUUCUCCUUUGCUUUGUGGCCAAUAUGGAGUUUCUUGACUCUUCCUCUUUUGUUUACACUAUUCAUGGCUUUCAUGGUAGUACUCCCUUACCUCAUUGUUGGGACACUCCGGCCUCAAUAUGAUGAACUCCGUACAGAUUAAGACUCAUGAUUCGAGUGAGGAAUAGGAACUGACUUAGAUAAAAGAGUUUCUAACACAUAUAUGUCAAUGAUUGAUUGGUUGCCGUUGCUAUGUGGUUUGAAGUUUUGUCUCCAAGUAGCAUGAUGUAUUACAUGUUAUGUUUUCGUAAAUUGGUGCUAAGAGUAAGAGCUAAAAUUCUUUUCCUUACAAUCACACUAGCUUAAGGUGAUGGUCAGGCGGCUGGUCUUAGUUGCUAAAGGUUGAGUUACAGGAAUUAUGGUUAGAAGUUUUUUAGUUUUGUGAAUUGUGAUGAUA